AUGGACGCACCAUUUGAAUUGCAUAAAUGCAGGAAGUGCGCGCAACUGCUGCUAUCCUUGUUCGAGGCGGGAAAACACGUUUUCACGCACAUGACUGAUUGCAAAUUCUGCUGUGAGGCGUGCGAUUUGACGAGCGAUUCGGAAUUGGAGAUGAAUCAACACAUCAACACUCAUCAGCCACAAGCGAAGAUGACAUACUUGCUGCAUCUCUCGGACCUGGACAACGCGGAGCGCACGUCGAUCGAGUGUUUCCCGGAUAUGCAUGUCGAGUUGCAUCAAUUCUUCAACAAAUAUCGAGGACCCGAAAAUUUGAUUUUUGAGUCGUUGGAGCAGGUCUGGGUUGGUCAACGAUCCGGAAACGAUGGA